AUGGAUUCACCUUCAGGUCGCGGCGCUGAGUCCUGCGAGCGGUGGAAGGAUGACCUGAGGGGCCCUGGGUUGCCACUUGCGUCAGGUAACGAAGCAGCCGCCACCACCAAGGCCAGCUCAGAGGAGGAGAAAUACAAAAUAAAGUCCGCCCUGAUGCCGACAAUCAUUCCAGGCCUGCUCAGAGACCUGAUACAGGAGCCAAAUAAAAAGGGCCCCACCCACUCUACCACCAGGGACCACCAGGAUCCCCAGCCUGGCCACAUCACUAAGACUGUAGCACCUAAGGCUGCACACCAUGCUCCUGGGGUCCCUCGGCAGCUCGGAGGGCACUUGUCCACAUGGGUGCUGCCCCCUCUGUGUUUGGCUGUGAUAGCUGGAGUUCAGGUGGUGGAGCAGCUCUGUGGUUUGGCUGUGGAAUGGCGUAAAAAAUAUCAUAAUACAUUGUUUAUCCUCAAACUGUUUAUCCCCGAGUUUCCCAAGCCAGAGUUCAUGUCUAAGUCUCUGGAAAAGCUGCAGAUUGACACCUAUGCCAACACUGCUAUGGUCCAUACUACCACCCCCAUCUAUGUGGCUCUGGGCAUCUUUGUGCACAGAGUCUCUGCCCUGCCAGUGGUGGAUGAGAAAGGGUGUGUGGUGAACAUCUACUCCAAGUUUGAUGUUAUCAAUCUUGCAGCAGAAAAGACCUACAACAACUUAGAUGUGUCUGUAACCAAAGCCCUGCAACAUAGAUCAUGCUACUUUGAGGGUGUCUUCAAGUGCUAUCUGCAUGAGACUCCGGAAACCAUCAUCAACAGGCUGGUGGAAGCAGAGGUUCAUCAACUUGUGGUAGUGGAUGAGAAUGAUGUGGUCAAGGGAACUGUAUCACUGUCUGACAUCCUGCAGGCCCUGGUGCUUACUGGUGGAGAGAAGCAGCCCUGAGCUGGGGAAAGGGAUCAGGCUGCACUAGGGGAUAUGCUCUGCUGGGAUCACAGAUGAAACCCUGGGAGAACUGUAACUCUGUUCCCUGCUCAGGAGCCCCCUUCCCUUCUACUUGGAGCUUGGGGAGGAGUAAAGGGAGGAAAGAGAAUGGAGUUUUAGCUGCCCUCACCCUCACACAUACAC